CCAGGAGUGAGUUAGACGACAGACCGGAGGUGACAGCGGAGAAUGGAGAGGAGCAGGUCCGCCCGGCGAGCUUUCACCGCGGCGAGCGAGGAGAUCCCACCCGGUCCCUUCUUUUUGGAGCCGGUGCGCUGAGAGAAACUGAGAGGAAUUGACAGGGGGCAACAAAAAGGAAUGGCUGAUCCUCUGCGGAGGACUUUAUUAGCGAAACUCCGGGGGAAGAAAUCCAAGAAAGGAGCGAGUGUCGGCGGUGGAUACGGCUCUCCUGCUGCCGAGGCGAACUGGGGCCGAGAAGGUAAAGAAAAAGUUUUGCAAACGCAGCGAGACUGCGACGAGGCUUCCCCGGUAGCUUUGCUCUCAAGGCUGGACUGCACGACCGAGAGAAUGAGCACGUACGAGAAUUGUGUUGACGGGGCGAUGGUGCAAACAGGGGGGGUGAUAACAGUCCGAGAGAGUUGCGCAGCGGAGUUGUCCGGCGCACGUUCACAGGAGCAGAGCAGCGGGGGUAGGGUUCGAAUUAAUGAGGAGCUACUGGGGGUCUCACUUCAAAGAGACGUGCAGUUUGGGGGACAUGUGUUUAGGGAGGGAGAUAGGAUCCAACAGGGAACCAGCUCCGCUGACAAAAUAGCAGGCUCGCAGGUCCACAGAAAUCACUUCGUCUCGGUCCCGCGGCAGUGCAGCAUCGGGGAUUCAAUCGGGUUUGGAGACAAUUCAGAUCACGUUUUAUACCGAGCACGAUUAGAGCCGCAUACCGGGGUCGGUCAGGUUACUAGUGGUGACAGUGAGGGGACAGAGCCCAGACACAGAGGACACUCCCGGCAUAUGGCACGCUGUGGAGUGGCUGUACACGAACACAACGCCAACCUGGCUUUUGACAACAGCCCAAAUUUGGAGACAAUCUCACUAAAUUGUGCUGCACUUGUGGAUCCAAACUGUAUGACAAGAAACGCUGAAGAAAACAUUUUAAUCAGAGCUAUUGAGAGUUACGGGCCCAACUAUGCAGCUGACAUUAGAGGUACUGCAGGCGGUCUGCAGAGCCCGGCGGUUUUCCCCACAGAGUUCGAAAUAUGCGACAUUACCGGGACAUCCCUGUGCGCCACAGAGGGGCCACUUAGAUACCCUUUAGACAAGGAAGAUGAAGAUUAUUAUGACAAUGAAAUUCUGCCCUUUUAUGAAACUAUUAGAGCAAAACGUGAUAGUGACAGGGCAGAACUAACUCAGUCGGCUCAGGAUAAAGAACAGCUUGAUGAUGGUAACAGUGCUCAGGAAACAGACCGGCUUAGAAACCAGCUGAAAGAAGCAUAUUACCUCCUUAUUAAUGCUAUGAAUGAUAUCAGCCUGGAUGUCCAGCAGAUUAAUAGUGGUUUAACUGAGCAGCAGGCCACCUCCUCUUGCAGUAGCCACUCCAGGGAUAGUUUGUGCUCUAGGUUGUCUGCUAAAAACAUGGACAGUGACUCCUGGUCCUCAGGAGGAGAGCGCAGCCCUCAGCAGGUGUCUGACACUGACUCACUCCUGCUCUGCUUCAGUGGGAACCUUGACUCAGGGCUCAAAAGCAGGCUGAAUAGUAAGAGUAUGGUGAACCUGACCUUGGCCAAGAUAAGGCCCAGAUUACCUCGCUCGGCUAGUGAUGGAGCUAUAAGGUAUCCAGGUGGACCCUCCGUUUGUAUUCAGGCCUCUGAAAAACAGAGUCCAGAAAUCCACUAUGAUAAAAGGGCUACAGAGAUAAAAGAGGCUGAUGGAGCUAUAGUUAGAGGUGUGGGCGAGCUGUCAGACCACAAUGCCAUCAGCAGUGAUGAGCUGCUACAAGGUGCUGGUGGUAAGGAGGAAUGUGGUGGGCAGCUCAACGACAGCAGCGGCUCAGUCAGCAGUCUCACAUGUUCUUCGGACAGCAAUGCUGAUACACCCACAAAUCAUGGUCACGGCACCAAGCAGGACCUGAAUGGAGUCCGAGUGCACGGGACUGACUCAGUCAACAAGGGCCACGGCGUCACUGUAAACAAGAUGCAAGAGUGGAUGCACAAGGGCCGGUUGCUGUCUUCAGAGAUGAAGCAGCGCAUUGAGGGCUUGUCUUUGCCCCAUGGCGGAGGCCAAAACCAGGACCGGUCCUGUCCACAGGCUACUCUCACAGGGUCUAAACCAGGAUCCCAGACAUCCAGCCAUCGGGGUAAAUCUGUCAAGGCCAAAUCACCUACAGUCAAGUCACCGCAACAGCAGCCAGCCUUCAUUGAGAAUGUCCAGACCCCCUAUGUUAACGGCCGGGAGGUGGGUAGGAUCAAUGAGUCUUCAUCAUGGAGGCCACCGCUCACCACCAUCACUGUCUCCAAGAAGCGCAACUGGCUGCAGCAGAGCUCCAUUGGGAAGACCCAUUGCACCAAGGAUGAGCUGCAGGGAAUGGUGGGAGCUGAGGAGGAUGGCAGCCAGGGCUGCCACCAGCCUCCUCCUCCUCCCAGUCCCUCCCCAGACCACCUGAGGCCUCCAGGCAGAGCACCUCCACGCCCGGUGCGCCUGCAGCUGCCUCAGGUUAGUGUUGGUCAGGCUAAGGUGUCUCCUCCCCCUCGGCGCGUCGACCCAGCUGAGGAGAACGAUGCAGAUGACGAAGGAGAAAUCUGGUACAACCCAAUCCCUGAGGACGACGAACUGGAGAUGUCCCAUCGACCCUCUGUGCGGCUGCUGGUUCCACCUCGAGCAGAGCCUCAGAGUAAGCCCAGCAGGGCAGGGGGUGUGGCACAUGGUGGCAGGUCCCUGGAGGGCAGCGGUGGCGCAGGGCCGGAGGUGCUCAUUGACAGCCUCAGUGGUGGUUCAGGAGACAGGAGUCAAGGGAAUGUUGUACAUUCCACAGAGGCACCACAUCUGCACAGACAGAUGCUUGUGUGCAAACCUCAGGAGGAGGGGGGGCCUUCCUCCAGCAGAGCGACAGAUGGUCCUGACCUGCCCAGUGCUGUUGGCUUCUCUCCACCCUCCAGCCCAAACCCAACCAAGAAGAGCAGCUCUAUCAACUGGUCCUUCCCAGAUAAGAUCAAGUCCCCGCGCACUGUCAGGAAGAUCUCCAUGAAGAUGAAGAAGCUUCCAGAGCUGAGCCGGAAACUCAGUGUUAAGGGGGCCCCAAGUAGCAGUAACAGCAACCAUGGCAAUGGAAACAGCCAGUUAGAGCCAAGAGCCCAUUCUCCUCGUAACAAUGGGAGUGGAUCUGGGACUGUCCUCCAAACCUCAGGCCCUCCUAGAUUAACGGCAUCUGGGGGUGGUCAGGCAAGCUGCAAUGUGAUUUCCCGCUACCACCUGGACAGCAGUGUAUCCACACAGCACAGCUUCAGUAAGAAGAAAAGCAAUGGCAGCUCAAAGUCUGCCAGUAAAGGUGGCUACCUCAGUGAUGGUGACUCACCAGAGCUGGUGGCCAAAUCUGGGAAGAACAGCUCUUCAGAGGGGAAGGGAGGGAAAGGCAAGGAGAUGGAAGGAGGUGGCAGCUCCAAACAUAGUGGCACAGAGCUGGACAUUGAUGCUUUCCGCCAUUACAGCUUCACAGAGCAGCCCAAGUGCAGCCAGUAUAUCUCUGGUCUGAUGAGCCUGCACUUUUAUGGUGCUGAGGACCUCAAACCUCCACGCAUUGACUCUCUGGCAGUGAAGCUGGAGCCACGGGGGCUGAUUUACGUCAAGCUGAGCCUGAUGGAGCAGUGGCAGAACUCACUUAAUGGGGGGCCAGAUGGAGACAGGGAGCCCCAGGUGUUUGGCGUGGAGGCUUGGCGGGUAGUGGAAAGGGAGAACUCGGGACUUAUGGUGCCGCUGCUUAUAAGCAAGUGCAUCACUGAGAUUGAGAAGAGAGGCUGCCAGGUGGUAGGUCUCUACCGUCUUUGUGGAUCUGCAGCUGUAAAGAAGGAGCUACAUGAGGCGUUUGAAAGAGACAGCCAUGCUGUGGAGCUGUGUGAAAGCAUGUAUCCUGACAUCAACGUCAUCACAGGAGUACUGAAGGACUACCUACGAGAGCUGCCCUAUCCUCUGAUCACCAAGCAGCUAUAUGAAGCCGUGUUGGAGUCCAUGGCCACAAGGCCUCUGCGGAUGGGAGCAGCGGGCUGUGAGAAUGACCAGGCUGACUCAGAGCACACUGUCAGCCUGCUGGAGACCCUGCCAGAGGUGGAAAGGAUGACACUGAGGAUGCUUCUUGACCACCUGAAGCUGGUAGCAUCCUACCAGGAAGUCAACAAGAUGACGUGUCAGAACCUGGCAGUGUGUUUUGGCCCUGUACUGCUCAGCCAGCGUCAGGACGCGUCCUGCCAUAGCAAUCGAGUCUUCAUCGACUCCGAGGAGCUGGCCAGUGCUCUGCACUUCAAAAAGCACAUUGAAGUCCUGCAUUACCUGCUGCAGCUAUGGCCAGUUGUGGACCCACAUAGCCAGUUCUCCUCCCCCCAGCCCCCUGCAGCCUCUUUGGUACCUGCUUCAUCAGACCUGCUGUCAGCACCUCUACGGCGGAGAAAAGAGCGCCCUCAAUUCUUGAACCUCACUGAUGUGGAGAUGGCAGGUGUUCUGCGGCCCAAAUUAGGACGUUUGGACAGCCCCAGCAACCGUUACGCCGGUGACUGGAGCGGCUGCGGUGAGAGCUACUUCCCUUCUGAAAUUCUGCUGCCUCUCAGCAAAGAGGAGGCAGACUACGAUGAUGUGCCCUCUGAGGAUACAGAGACAGCUGAGGAGGGGCAGGAGAAGCCUGAGGAUGAGGAAGAAAAUAAAGGGCAGAAGGUCAUGAGCCCUGAUCCCACGGAGCAGGAGCAACCUCCGAAAGGGGAAGAGGUGAAGGAGGAAGAAAAGGAGGAGGAGGAGAAGCCACUUGAGAGCGAUGAUUCAGGAAACGGACAGCUGUUAGAGGACGAGAAGGAGGACAAGGUGUGCGACCACAUCUUGCCACCACCGCUGCCUAAAGAUCACACUUACCAAGCCUAUGUGAAAAUUCAGGACAUCAGCCCUGUGCUGAGCAGCAGAGUCAACCUGAGAGACCUGCAGGAGAGCAUCGACACCCUGAUAGGAAACCUGGAGAGAGAGCUCAACAAGAACAAGCUCAACAUCGGUUACUGAUUCCUCAUACACACACACACACACACACACACACACCCUCGUAAAGUAUGGUGAGGUUUGGGGAAGACCUUCUUACCAAUCAAGGUGCUUUGGGAUACAGCCACAGUGUUUCCAUGGAGAUCUUGUGACAUCACCAUGGCAACAUCUCGUGCAGUGCUGCUGUAAAACCCUUAAGGGUACAAUGGAAAGAAAUGUAAUAGGGUACGUCUGGCAUUUGUACCUUACCAUACACAUUCCUCAUGUGCUUGUUUUUUCUUUUAUUUUGUUGAGUGUCUUACCUUAUGUUGUUGUUGCUGGUUUGUUUCUCUUCUUAUUAGAAGAACCCAUUGACCCCUCAGGGGUUUAAAAGGUGCCUUAAUUGUGUGAAGGUGAUAAGUCGAGAUGAAAAUAGACCCUGGAAUGAAAUGCAUCCCCUUCUAUGAUCGUGGUACAGCGUUGGCAACCAACAGUAUAACACGAUGUUACAAAAACAUAUUCAUACAUUGACAGGUAUGAGUUCACCCUGGGUACUAAGGGGCUGUACUCAUGCAUGCUUUUAAGCAGUGACAUGAAUGUUAAUAUUUGCAAAGCAAAAUUAGUGAUAGACAAUAUUUAUGUGGAUACAUUUUUGUAACAAAACAUCUCAAUACUUCUAGUUUGGCCAAUUAUCGGCAGAAUCUCUAUGAAGAAUUUGGCAUACAUUAAUUGGUUUCCUUCAAAAAUAUACAAUGUGAAAAGAAAACAAAAACAUAUUUUUUGGUUUUAUAGUCAAAGUUGCCCCUCUAUCAAUUUUGGUGGCAGAAGAAAUAUGGUUAAAGCCGGAACAUUAGUGUCUGAUGAUGAAUAAAAAAACUCCAGGAUUUGUUUUUUUUAAUUCCAGAGUUUAAAGCAUCUGGUUUCAUCUAGUUUCUGGCCUCUAAUCUUAUUAUAUAUCAACUGUGGUACUCCAACAAUUUUAUAUUACUUCUCUAUAAAACAUGAAGACUUGCAGGGGACAGAUUAAGAGCAGACUGGUCCAAAUUGGGCCAUAGCACACAUUAUGCAUACAUACAUAACAGUUUUUAAAGGUAAAUUUUAAAUUUGGUGGAUUGUUCCUGAGAUUAUCAAGGGAAAUUGUGCUUAUUCAGUUUCAGAACAGAUUUCUUUAUUAGGCAGCAGAGAGUUUUUUCUGUCGAGGUAUGAAACGCUAAAUGUUAUUCAACAAUGAUGCACUUAUAGGCAGACAGUAGUGUAGAUUGUCUUUAGAUUUCAUGCAGUAAAAAAAUAUUCUACCUGUGGACUGAACUGUGGGAGAAACAGCCGCCACUGAAACCUCCUCAAAAAAGAUAAAUAUGAAAGAACACGAGUUGAAAUUUGUGUAGUUUGUGCUGGAUUUUCCAUGUUUAGACCCAUCUACAGGCACAUCUGUCAGAGAUGCUAACAUUCACACAGGCAACUAAAAACAAGACAACAUCUGUUUCAUGUGACACCAUGGUCAGUUUAGUCUUAAAGAAGAAAUUUGACAUAUUUGGGAAGUACACUGUUCUCUUCACUGAGAGUUAGAUGAGAAAAUUGGUACUACUCUCAGUUAUGUACAGUAAAUAUUAAGCUAGACUGUUAGCUUAGCUUAGGUUAGGUUAGCAUAAAGACUGAAAGAAUACAGUAGAUAAAGAGAUAAGAACUUUUUCCUUACAAUUUAGCAGAUCAUUAAAUAAAACAUUAUAUGUUUGUUUAUUUAUUUCAAGUAAAAUGAAAAUUGUAAAAACAUCUCUUUAUGGUUGUACAGGCUCUUUAUGCUAUACUAAUCAGAUAGCAUGACAGUGGUAUCAAUCUUCUACAGUACCUCUUAGCAAGUAAGCAAAUAUUUCUCAAAAUGUCAGGCUAUUUCUUUAGAAACUGCCAUUUCACCACCCUUCAGCUUCUACCUGCUUUUGGCUAAACCGUGAAAUAGACACAGCCCAAAUGUGAAGCACAAUUUUCAGACCGGCAGUGGAAACUGUUGGUGAAGGGCUUCAGUUAGUUUGACGUGGCUGCCUAAAGAGACAGAGGAUGUUUUCAGCAGUGCAGGGAUUCAGAAUGAUCAGUAUUUAACCUAUAUGUACAUAAUUAUAUAAAAGUAUUUGGAGUAUAAUAUUUUUACAGCUUCUAUUUCAAUGGCAUAUUUAAAUACUUCUGAUGACCUCGUAGUGUUGAAUUGUAGCAAUAGUUGCUUUCCUCCCUUUGAGCUACCUGUACACAUCUUAAUGUGCUGGACUAAUGGUACAAAUUUAAAAUAUGAUAAAACUGUGCUCUUGCAGAAAGUGAUAUUGUUAUUUUUGGUAUAUUGUGUAUAUAUUUGAUAUUGUGUUGUGGACUAAGCUGUGUUCAUAAUUUUUGGUGUUUUUUUUAAAGGUACUGGACAUUGCAUGGUCAAAAGCUUUACUGACAUAAACAAGGCUCUUUCUCAUCUGCCUUUGUGUUUGAUAUUUAUGUGUCAAAAGACUAUCUUGUAAUGUUUGCUUAUUUGUUUGACACCCAGGUCAAAACAGGUCUUCUCCAGGAGACGUGAAGGCAGACAGUCAUUCAAUCUCCAAUUAUUUUCUCAAUGAAUAUUUUGCCUUAUAAAAUAUAAAAAA